CUUAACUUGAAUUAUUUAAGUUCGUCCUUCAUACGCCGGAAGAUUCUCAACCCGAUGUCGUGCCACACCUGCAGCAACUGCAGAUUCGUCAAUUUCCCUUCUCCCGAACCACAGCUACAAACGCUCAAAACGAUCCAGAGCUUUGAUGGGCUUGUUUCUCACAUUCUACGUGGGUCACGGCCAUUGCUCAACUCAGACCAUGCCUUGAUGGAGGACGAGAUUGCGAAGCUGGAACAGUUGCGGUUUUUAUAUGAUGCCCAGUUCCAGGAGAUCCAGUUGCGCCAAUUUCCAGUCUUGAAAGCCCUGAAAAAUCGCGUGUCGAUCUAUUCCCCCAUCCGUCGUCUACCCCGAGACAUUCUGAUUGAAAUCUUUCAUUAUGUUUGCAGCUCAGAUGCAUGGGGAGACGCAGAAAAUGCCAUCGGGCGUGAUAGUCUAAACAUGGCUGGACCUCUUUGGGUAUUAGGGCGUGUCUGCGGGUUUUGGAGGGAUACGUUGAACACCUCUCCAGCGUUCUGGGCUCGGAAUGUCCUAGUGAUAACCCCUGUCUCCAAGCACGCCCACGAGAUAUGCCAGACAUAUCUCAGAUGUGCAGGCGAACAUCCUCUCGGUAUGCGAAUCGACUACUGGAGCAACAAGCGUGCAGAAGAUGACGAAAUCCUGUCACUACUCCUUCAAUCUUGCUAUCGGUGGAAGGAUGCGUAUAUACGCAUCGACAGGCAUAAUACGCACUAUCUGGAAUCUAUAUCGCACCUUCCCGUCCUAAAGACGAUUGAAAUAGAUAUCUGGAAUGACGACGGCAAUGAUUAUCGAUUAUCGCUCGGACAUAUGCUUGAAUGCCCCGCAGCUAUGGCGAGCAAUUCUUUUAGGCCCAGGAAUCCAUCAAGUGAGGUUACCGCCCGGGAUAACUCAUUACUCUGGAUGUAUAUAUCGCCCGAAAGAUUUACAGCCAUUUCCCAUGCUUAA